GUCUCAAACAAUUUUGAAAAGUUAUCAGAUGAAGGAGGAAUGGGGUCGAUUACAACACUGAACCAUUCUGAGUGUGUGAAGCACAAUGCAUGCCAUACCCACCACAACUUUGGAAACUUAUCAUCUUUAAAAGAGUUAUGGUUAAGUGGAAUUAAUGAUGUGAGCUUGUUUGCAAACAUCCAAAACCUUUCACUGCUGCAAGUACUUCACCUGGAAAAUUGUCAAAACCUUGUGUCUCUGCCACAACUUCCACCAUCACUGGGUGUGCUUAGUUUAAGUGAUUUAAGGGAACUCGUGUCUCUACCACAGCUUCCACCAUCCCUUGAAAUUGUUCAGUUAAUUGACUGUAGGAAACUCGUGUCUCUGCCACAGCUUCCACCAUCCCUUGAAAGUCUUCAGUUAAAUGACUGUAGGGAACUCGUGUCUCUGCCACAGCUUCCACCAUCCCUUGACAGGCUUUUGUUAAAUGAUUGUAGGAAACUCGAGUCUCUACCACAGCUUCCACCAUCUGUGACAUAUGUGAAAGCCAUUAACUGCACUCUUCUAGGGACAGAUUUCACUCAACGGAUAGCAUUACAACACAUGUUGAGUCGCUCACAGAGCCUUAACUUCGGUAAGUUUUUCAUGUUCCCAGGAGACCAUGUGACCGACAAGUGUGAGUUUCAAAAAGCAGGGACUUCAAUAACUAUUCCUUACCUCUCACCGUCGAACUUGUGUGGUUUCAUUUGUUCCCUCGUCCUUUACAGGGGAUCAUACGAUGGUAUUGUUUCGUCUUCUGUCUAUCAAGAUGACGAAGGGGUCUUCUACGACAAUUACUUAGUCUCCAAAAAUCUAACUUCAGAUCACAUUUCAUUUCACUAUUUUAAACCAAAAGAUCUUUCCAACGACGUACCAUUGAAAUUUGAAUUUCAUUUCUAUGAACGGGGUAGUCGUAAAGAUUACAGUCAAGAGAGAAUAAAAGAGUGUGGAGUCUUCCCAGUGUAUGCCUCAAGCAUGGAAAUUAGAGUUGGAGAAUCUGAUGAUGAAAAUGAAUUGGAAUCCAUUUCUCAAAUCAAUAAUAAUGAGUCUCAGCCUAGUGAAAAUGGAGAUGCAGUUGGAGUUGGAGUUGGAGGCUCUAGUAAUGAAAAUGGAUUGGAAUCCAUCACUCAAAUCCAUGAGAAUGAGUCACAACAUGAAUCCAUUAGAGUUAAAGGCUCUAAUAAUGAUAAUUAAUGGGAGUGGGGAUUUUAUGCUUAUUAGACUACUUCAUUGGUUUUCUUUUGAAACUUGGUGGGAAGAGCUCUCUAGCAUGGUGGAAUAGUCAAAGCAAUAUUCAGAACUCUUUGAUGGUCUAUUUCACGUCAUUUACAAAUAAAAAGAGAUUAUUUAUUCUACAGUAGAUGAGUGAUAUAUCAAACUAUGAUGGUAAUGAGUUUAUGAUUCAAAAUAAGAAAACCUUUCUUUGUCUCUUGUCAAUAAGAUGAGUGAUAUCAAAUUAUGAUGUGCUAGGAAUGUUUCUCUGUUCAGACAAUCUAAUAAAAUAAAUGAUCUGAAUCGAAUU